AUGAAAGAUAAACGCUUCGAUCUGAUCAUAGAUGGGCAUCGUUCAUCCAUCUGUGUUGCCGUCUUCUAUCGAUCCGCUAAACCUGUGUCUCUUUCCACCAACGACGGUGUCCCCUUUUGUGAAUACAAACUCACAUGGUUGUUUAGCAAGAUGAGGAAUCAGGAAGGAUCACUAUUAACAGCUAAAGCGACUCUAUCUCGGGCUGUGAGUCUUAUGGAAAGUUUUACACAAAGCUGUCUAUGGUACCUACAUGAAGAUGUCAACUACGUGAACACACGAUACCGCCACCACUUCUCUACUGGCCGGGCAGAACGUAGGCAGAUAUGGCUGAACGGCUUUGAAGCGGAUGAGCGUCAGAAGAUUGACCUUUAUAGCAACAUUAAUGAACCUUCCUGUGGGACAUAA